UUCACCGUUAAAAUGAAUCGGAGCUUUAAUAAAUCACAGUCCUUGCGAUACUUGGACAUCAAUGCUGUUGAGGUUAAAAGCAAGUAUGGGGCUGAGUUCCGGAGGUUCUCCGUGGACCGCGUGAAACCCGGCAAGUUCGAAGAGUUCUACAAGCUCAUCGUACACAUCCACCGCAUCGCCAACAUGGAAGUGAUGAUUGGUUACGCCGACGUUCACGGGGACCUCCUGCCCAUCAACAACGACGACAACUUCUGCAAGGCAGUGUCCACCGCGCACCCCCUGCUACGGAUCUUCAUCCAAAGACAAGAAGAGGUCGACUACAACAACUUUGGCACCAACACCCUGACCCGGAAGAAGAAGGCAGUGGUCACCUUGCGAAACGACAUCAACCGGAAGCGACCCAACAUCCGGAUCGGAAUGCCGCAGGACUUCCGGCCCGUGUCCUCCAUCAUCGACGUGGACAUCCUGCCGGAGUCACACCGUCGCGUGCGCCUGUACCGCCACGGCUCGGACAAACCCCUCGGCUUCUACAUCCGAGACGGCACCAGCGUGCGGGUCACGCCGCACGGCCUGGAGAAGGUCCCGGGCAUCUUCAUCUCCCGCAUGGUUCCCGGAGGGCUGGCCGAGAGCACGGGGCUGCUGGCCGUCAACGACGAGGUGCUGGAGGUCAACGGCAUCGAGGUCACGGGCAAGACGCUGGACCAGGUCACGGACAUGAUGAUAGCCAACAGCCACAACCUGAUCGUCACGGUGAAGCCGGUCAACCAACGCAACAACGUGGUGCGCAGCAGCCGGAUCUCCGGAAGCUCGGGCCAGUCUUCCGACAGCAGCGGCUCCACGGGAUACCCCGCGAUAACGGGAACGGCCGGAGCCGCGGGCGUGGCGCACGGCUACGGCCCCGACGACCUGGAGAGCGACGAGGAGACGGACAUCGUCAUCGAGAGCAGCAUCAAACGGCCCUCGCGUCGCUCCAACGCCUCGGUGGCGUCCGCGGCGUCGAGAUCCCAGUCCCAGACGCACCCCCAGGCCCACGUCGUCCCCCCCAGCCCCCAAAUGAGACCCGCCUCCAUCAUAUCGACUGCAUCUUUCCACUCGCAGCCCAGCCUAAACGGCACGGGCCACGGCAGCCUGAGCUACAAGCUGCAAAGAGACCUGACCCUCCAACACCAGCCCUACCACAGCAGCAGCCCGGCCAUGAGAGAAAGCAACGGCAGCCUCCACAAAAUCCUCAGCACCCUCAAAACGGACCCACGCCACAGCCUGGCACUGCCCAGGGGAGGGGUGGAGGAGGAUGGCACAGUCAUCACACUAUAACACACUCUUAGUGAAUGGAGACUGACACACAGAC